AUGAAGCUCCUUUCCACCCUUGGCCUUCUAUCGGCCGCUGCCAGCGUCCAAGCUCACUACGUGUUCGACAAGUUGAUCGUCAACGGCGUCACGACCGGCCAGUGGCAGUACGUCCGAGCGACGGACAACAAGCAGACGACGGGCCCCGUCACCGACGUGACGAGCUCGACCAUCCGGUGCUACACCAGCGACACCACGGUCGGGUCGCGCACCAGCGUCAUCGACGUCGCGGCCGGGUCGACCGCGCCUACGGGCACGUCGGCGGCCAACUUUCAGGGCGACGGCAACGUGUGGUUCAAGAUUGCCGAGUCUGGUCCUACCGUGACCUCUGGGGCCUUACCUGGCCUAGUGAUGCAAACGCAGCGCGUGGCCCCAGAACGCGAAACGCUAACCCCCAUCUCCACAGGCAAGGGUACCGUGAGCGUCACGAUCCCCAAGUGCAUCCCCAACGGCGACUACCUGCUGCGCGUCGAGCACAUCGCCCUCCACAGCGCCUCCGCAGUCAACGGCGCCCAGUUCUACCUCUCGUGCGCCCAGAUCCGCGUCACCGGCGGCGGCAGCACCCAGCCCCCACCAGCGCCCUGA